AUGGAGAAAGGUGUUGUUAACAACGAGAUUAGGGUGGAACGGAAGAACAAUGAAGACUAUGAUCAAAAACGUUUAGAGGCGUUAGCUAAAAUUGACAAUGCGAAAUUCGGUUGGUUCCAUAUUCGCGCCUGUUUAGUCGCUGGUAUCGGGUUCUUCACCGAUGCAUAUGAUUUGUUCGCAAUCAAUUUGGCGUCUACCAUGUUGGGAUAUGUUUAUUGGGGUUCGAAUGCGCCCCCGCCUACUAUUGACUUGGGAUUGAAGAUUUCGGCCGCUGUUGGCACCUUUGUUGGACAAUUACUAUUCGGCUGGCUCGCUGAUAGAGUGGGCAGGAAGAGA